AUUGUAUAUUUUACAUGUCUAACACAAUUAGAUUAUAUUUAAAAUGUUGUAAUAUUUUGUGUUAUUCUUAUAAUUAAUAUCUUCAUAAGCAGAUUGUUUAGAAGCACUAUUGUCAUUGGUUGCUUCUCCAUAAUACUUUAUUUCAUAAUAAAUAACCAGUAAGAUGGUAUUUCGAACCUUUUGUGAUAUUAAUAAGAAAGAGGCUUGUACAGGCAUAAUGAACAAAGAACAAUUUUCACCUGUCAGUAAAAUUUCAUCUCCAAAAUCAACACAAGGAAGAAACUUAACAGGUUCUGUUCGUCAUAUACGAGAUUUAGCUGCAGAUAUUCAUGGAAAUAUACAAAACUGGAAUACAUUUCAUUUACAAGGAGUAACAUUAUUAAAAAACAUAUCUCAGCUAAAACAAGAUGAAUCGUAUUCUCAAACUCUACAAGAAUUAUGCGAUAAAUUGGAAGAUGUUUGUGAUGCACUGGAUAAUACUGUGAAGAGUUUAGGUGAUAUUGCGUAUCAAAUAAAAGUAACAGCAUCUUUAGAAACACACAAGGAUAAGCUAUUUGUAACAUGGCCAAAUAUAAAAUUUGAACAAGUAGCAGAAUUAAUAUACAACACAUACUUUCAAGAAGCAAAGAUAAAACGUAAAAUUCUGGAAGAUGUAGCUCAUUAUUACACAGAAUCCUGGAAAAUGUUGUUUCUUGCUACCUGGGUGCAUCAAUCAUUAAUACCAGAAAAUUUGACAAUAUCUUUGGAAUCAUUAUUGAUAGAAACUGGGCAUAGAUAAUUAUUGUUGGUAUUUAUUUGGAUAGAUACAAAAUUAAUCAUUUCUGCUAUACAUAAAUGCUAUAACAAUGUGGAUGGAAUUAUUUUCUUGAUGUUUAAAGUAUUUUUAGUUGUAUAAUAUUUUAUACGAAAGCUGUAGACAAUUCAGUGUAAUUCAUUAAUAGUUAUUUGUAAUUUUCAAUGUUAUUAUUUGUUUAUCUUUUCAACGUAAUAAAAUUAUUAAUACAGUAUAAAUAUAAUUUAUUUUAUUUAUCAAUUUACAUAGUCACUGAAAGUAGUAAAUAUUGUUAAAUAUCAUUAAAAAAUUAAUGCAAUCAUAGGUGCAGAAAGCUAAAAUUGAUUCAGAAAAUAAUUUGUGCAUGAUCAUUUUAAUAGUACUGUAACUAAAAAAAAUUAUGAUAAUAUAUUUUCAUCUGAUUGUAUAACUAAUAACUACGAAAAAUUAUAUUUACAGAAAAUAUAUAUAUAUACACGUAUGUCUGAAUGUGGGAGUGGGAGUUGUAUGAAUGAGUGCAUGCGUGUUUUAUAAUAUGCAAUUCAUCAUUCUAGUAGAUUUAGUUCCUUACUUCUUGAUUCAAUUACAUACGAGUCUUUUUACAAACUAAUCUUAAACUGAAAAUAUUCACUGCAUUAUGUGUAUGAUUAUAAAGACCGUUUACCGAAAAAUAAAAAAAAAUAUUUAUGUGUAAUAAUAAAAAUUCGUUUACACUGAAAAAAUAUACAACAUAGUAAAGUUUCUUUAUAUGCUAUGAAUACUUUUUUAAUGCCAUUUCUGAAUACGACAUAUACAUUAUCCACAAUAAAUAUAACAGAAACAGUCUUAUUUACAUACACAUAUGAGAAUAAUGUAUUAUAUUACUUUAAUAUUUGAUAUUCUCUGUUCAAUUAUGGAAGUUACAGUGUUAUUGUUAUACUGUCAGAAAUUCUAUAAAAAAAUAUCUACACCAUUGUGUAAUUAUAUGCAUACAUAUUAUACAAUUUCAAUUGUAUAAUAAGUUUAACAUUAUUAUACACUAUACAUAUUAAUUCAAUUUCUUUAGGAACAUCUUGCUGGAAAUUAUCCAAGAAUCAACUUCUGGUAUUCCUAUUAAAUUCUUCGCUUAACGCUUCGAAAUCAAGAUCCGCGUCUAAAUUUGAAUUAUUUGGUAUCAAAUUAUUUUCUAAUAUAUUAUCUGGCAUAAUAUUUUUUAGUCGUUCCGAUACUAAUUCAUCGACUAAAUUUGAUUGAUCUACUAGAUGCAGUUGUUCAACUAAUUUUUCAUCGAUUAAUAGAUUUUUGUCUAUCACUCCACUUGUACUUAAAAUAUCUAAGUGUGCAAUAUGGUCGUACUGAGUUAUUUUUGACAUAUCCAAAUUUUCUGAACUACCAAAUAUAUUAGUAUCACAAUUAUUGGAAAUUAUUGGUACCGUAUCUUGAAGCAUAGUUAGGUUGUCUGAAAUUUUGCAACUAGAUGUAGCAGGCAUUACUUUAGAACUUGUAUCAGAUGAUACAGUUUUAAUGCAAUUCAUAUCCGACGAAGUCAUAGGAAUUAUUUUCGAGACUAACUUUUGAAACCCUUUAGCCAAGUUCUGAGUGCUAUUUUCUAUACUGUUCUCAAAAUGUGCAGUUUCUUGUUUUGGAUAAGUUUCCAUAGCACCAUUUUCUAACUUAACAAAACCCUGUUCUGGCGGUUCUAAUUUAAUGAAAGUUUGCUCUAUAUGCUCUAACUUAGAUUGUUCAUAAUUACCAUCAACUUUACAGAAGUCUGUUGAUCCUAAACUGUUCCCUAAUUUCGUAAAACUUUCUUUACGAAUUUCUGAUUUUUGAUAGUUCGAAAUUUUUGACGAACUGAUAUCGACCUUUUGAAAACCGGGAUUAUCUGAUAUUUGAUUCUGAAUCUCUGGAUUUGAGAUUAAAAGUUUCGAGAUGUUGUUAGAUUUAUUAUUCUCUGUACUAUUUACAGGACUUGGAUUUCUUCUCAUCAAAGUUAAAGCAGAGAGUACCUCUGGACAAGUAGGAUUUGUUACAGCCUCGCUUCUUCUAUCAGUCAGAAAGUCUGAGACACUGAGAUCUGAACUUUCAGAAAAUCCACUAGACAUUCGUUCUUCCAAAUUUUCUUUACCAUCCUCAGAAUUGUCUAUUUUUUGUAACUUGUGCGGAGGUUCCCGGCUAUCAUAUGUACUACAAAUAGGAGUCUCAACCUUCUUCAGAGCUUCGUUAUUAAUUUUAUAUAAACCAGGAUUAAGACCCAAAGCAUCACAAAGAGAUUCUUCACUGAUGUCAAUCAAAUCCUUAUUUGAUUCUUCGUCGCUAUUCGUACUUGUUAACAUUGUUCCAGCCUUUUCCCGUAUCUUAUCCAUUAAUUGUUUUAAUUCAUCCAAAAAAUUUCUUACGUUAUUUUCUGAUUUCAGUACUAACAGAUCAAACAGUGAUUGUGCAUUAAGUACUGGCUUUGCUGCUAUCUUUAUUAUCUCAAGAUCUUCGCAUACAGAAAUAGCUUCUCUUAACUUUAUCUGACGUCUUUCUGACUUAGCUUCCGGUGUAACGUAUGCCCAAGGGCCCCGCUUCUUUCCCUUACGUUUCAAAGGAUCUUGCCCUCCGCUUUGUUUUAAUUCAGGUUCAGGCGUUGGGGGAGGUAGUUGUUCGGGACUACCAUGAUCAGGAUGCAUUUCAAAGUGCCUCGCCAUACGAGUGCGUCCUAAAUAUAUUUUAUUACACGUAGGACAUCUAAAAUGAUCUGAUAUUUUACGUUUUGGUACUUCUAAGCCUGUUAAUAAUUCCUUAGGAGACUCUUCUUCUUCAAGUUUAUCGUUAUUAGUAUUAUAAUCACUGUAACCACCGUCUGAAUCGUCUAAAUCAGGUUGCAGGAAAUCUAAAUGAUGUAAAUGUUUGUAAUCUCGUACCAUGUGCCUUGGAGGCCGAGAAAGUCUGCCAGAUCGUGUUCUGGCUACAACCUUUUUUCUUUCAUCCUAAAGAAAAUAUUAUUACAUUAAAAUCGCAGAAUCAUUUUUAUUUAUGAAAGGCGUAAAUCGUUUAUACUUUUAUUUCUUCUUGUUCUUCAUCAGGAAUCGGUGGUGGCUUAGGUGGUAGCAAGGAAGAAGGUCUAACAGCACUUUUUUUUGGUCUGCCUCUUUUUCCACCACGGCUUUUUAAUAAGUUAUUAGGAUUUCUAAUUCGCAAAUCCAGUUCUUCAGGAAAUACAACUCUGAAGACAUAUUAAUUGUUUAGUUAUAAAGGUUAAUACAUUAUAUAUGUAUGUACUAACCUAUAUACAACUCUUUCAUUUGAAGCAGCUGCUUCUUGACUGCGUUGUUGCAAUACAUGUGCUAUUUGUUUCAACUGUGUUGGUGUCAAACGUUGCAUACUGAAAUAAAUAUAAACAGUGUCAUUAAAAAAGAACUAAAAA